UGGUUCAAGAUGUCGGACGAAACAGACUAUUCUUCCCUUCCACUCGAGGAUAGACUUGGUCACAAAGUUUGGAAAGUUAGACUUGAAGCAUAUGAAGAAAUUGCGAAACAAUUCGAAGGGUCGCGUAAUGAUAAAGAUGAAUGUUUCCAACGAUUUAAUAACCAACCAGGUGAAUGGAAGAGAAUUGUGACAGAUGCCAAUGUGGUAGCACAGGAAGCUGGGAUUUCCGCAUUGCUCAAGUUCUUGGAGCUUGGUGGCACUACCAAUAAUGUAUCAAAGCUUCGAAGUGCAGGAGUUGUGACUGCACUCUGUGAAAAGGGUUUAUCAUCGUCUAGAGCUGGGACAAAAGAUAAAACAAUUAAUUGUAUCUUGUUAUUUGUUGAGAUAUCCAAUGAAAUCGACGGCGUUAUCGAAGAUAUUUUGGCAAUUGUAGGAGCCAGACUUCCAAAAUUAGUGGCUGGAUGUGUCACUGCCCUUCAUACCAUUGUUGCAAACUUUGGAUGUCAAGUAGUCCCAGUAAAGUUAAUAAUACCAAAUUUACUGAAAUUAUUUGGACAUGCUGAUAGAAAUGUCAGAGCUGAAACUACAAAACUCAGUGUUGAAUUGUAUAAAUGGAUGAGAGAGGCAUUGGUAACAAUAUUAUUACCAGAAUUGAAGCCAGUUCAACAGAAGGAUCUUACCAAGGCGUUUGAAGCAGUACAAGGUGAACAGCCUUCUCAAUUGAGAUAUACUAGAAAGCAACAAGCUGAAAUUGCCCGUAGAGAAGAAGAAGCACGCGCAGCUGCGGCAGCAGCAGCAGCAGCAGCAAAACUUGAAGGAGAUUCAGGUGAUGUUGAAAUGGUUGAUGUUGAAGAUGGAGUCUUAGUAUCACACCUGGCACCAGAGUUCAAUCCAUUUGAUAUGAUGGAUCCAGUGGAAGUCUUAUCAAAAUUACCAUCAGACUUACAUUCCCGAAUCUCCUCAGCCAAAUGGAAGGAUAGAAAGGAAGUUUUGGAUGAAGUUCAUGCAAUUCUUGAAAAAUCAGUAAAAUUACAAUCAUCUGAUGAUUACUCUGAUUUAGUAAGAAUAUUCUCAAAAUGUAUGAAAGAUGCAAACGUUCAAGUGGUACAAUUGGCAGCUAAUUGUGUUGAAUUUUUAGCUAAGGGACUUCAAACUGGGUUUGCUCGUUAUCAACAUUUUGUAUUGGCACCAAUGCUUGAAAGAACAAAGGAGAAAAAGGCAUCCGUUGCCGAGGCACUUGCCAAUUCACUUGAUUCUAUAUUUGCUAGCUCAUCACUUAGCGAUAUAUUGGAAGAAACAAUCAAUGGGAUGAAACAUAAAACUCCACAAGUUAAGAUUGCAACCACAAAUUAUUUACAAAGAUGUCUUGCCCAAACGAAAACAGCCCCCAAGAGUUCUGAAAUAGAUUUGAUAAUGGAGACUGGGGUGAAAUUAUUGAGUGAUUCCCAAGAACCAGUGAGACAAGCAUCUACUGAAAUGAUUGGGACAUUGAUGAAGAUCACUGGUCCAAGAGAAUUGAAUUCAUUUUUAGAAAAAGUUGAUGAUAAUCGUAAAGGGAAAGUAGUUGCAUUUUCAGAAUCUGUCACAGUAAAAGCCAAGAUGGGUUCAGGUGCACCUCCAAGAGCAGCCAGUGGAGUUUCUUCUAAUACCAAUGCACCCCCAAGACGUCCUGCUGGUGGGCCAUCUACAUCCGCCCAAGCAUCGACUGCUGGAGGUCUGGGGCCUUUUGGUGCCAGACAACCAAUGAGAAGUAAUAUUGGAGCAACUCCAAGUUUAGGAGGGGUCAAUAAUAAAAAAUUGAGCUUACCAGCAGUUGCAAAUACAUUAAAGAAACCUAAACCUGUUGGUGGAUCUACCCUUCUUCCAGCGAAAAGAGGUGCCACUUCACCGGCAAAGAGAACUGAAGUAGAUCCUUCUAGAGGUACUCUUGGAAGAAGUCUUCUUAGUAGACCUACACCUGCCAAUUCAAUCCCAAAUGCGUUUGUUGACUCUGGUAUUUCAACAGCAGAAAGGGAAGAAUUAGAAGAAUUGCGUCAUAAGUCACAACAAUGGAAACAAACUGAAGAAAGAUUAUUACAAACUCAAAGACUUAAAGACGAAGAGUAUCAAAAGGCACUCAAUGAAAUUUCCACAUUACAAAAGAUUAAUGAUAAUAUGACGAGAGAACAUAAUACCGCCACGCUUACAGUAAAGCAAAGAGAUACCCAUAUUCUUCGAUUAACAAGUGAUCUAGAAAGUGCCAAGUUAAAGAUUCGAGAUUUGGAACAAACUAUUGAAAUGCUGAAAUUACAACUGCAACUGCAUCAACUGAAUGCACAACAAUUAUACAGAUUACCUAGUCAUUCCACCUUCUCCAACCCUGAAAUAGAGCAUGGGCGAGAAUCUACGUCGCCAUUCCUCAAUCGCCAAUCGUUUCAAGGGAUUGGAAGUGGUGAGAUUGGCAGUAGAAUCACAUCUGGAGAACUUAGCUCACGAGUUAAUCGACUUUCCAUUGAUCCAGAACAUCAUAAUAGUUCUGAAAAUAUUAACCUGGGAAUAACUACCACUAGGUUUAAUACUAGUCCAUACAAGACCACUGAGCACAGUAAUAAUUAUACCUCCCAUUUAAACAAAGAAACAAUGGAUAUUAAUAGUAAUGACGAAAGUUGGAAACGUGCAGCAGAAGUUACAAACCAAUUAAAGGCCCGAAUUGAAAAAAUGAAGGCAAGAUCAAGAUCAAAUUUCUCAUAAAGAAUUUUUGUUAAAAGAGUAGGAGGGAGAUGAUAUAUAUAUAUAUAUAUAUAUAAUUGGAC